CAGCAAGAGUUUCUCGCGAAAAAGAAAAGGCAGAGAAUUCUUCAGAUCAGACCGACCAAUCCGACAACGCGGUAUACAAAGGAUAGAUCACGAGAAAGGGACGGAUCAAUUCUGCCCUGCGUGGCCUUGCGCCGCGCAGCGGAUCGCAUCGCACGGCGGCCAGCCGCUCGCCGGAUUCCAUUCCGCCAUAUAAAAAAGCGGCCUUUGCCACCCAUCCAUGGCGCUUUCCUCCCGUCCCUUCCCGGCUCCGCAGCUUUUCGCGUCGCGCUGCAGCCAGCGGGGUGACACCACGGCGGACCAGAGUCCAUCCAUAUAGCGGAGACCGGAGAGCGCGACAGGCGGGCGGGCGCAGCCGACCAAGAAAGGCCGAGAGCAACCAACACUGCGGCACCCUGAAAUCCGAACCCACGCCACGCGCGCGGGCGACAUCCUUCCUUCCAGAAGCUCUCGCAGAUCCAUCCGGCCAUGGCCGCGGGCGCGGCGGGCGUGCCGCCGGCGCAGCUGGGGUCGCUGUGGUCGACGCUGGAGGACCAGCGUGGGGCCCGGGGGGACGUCCCGCUGCUCUCGUCGGCGUGGAGCCUGCCGGGCUCCCAGGCCGGUGGCGGCGACAGGGGGCCCAAGCAGGGCCUGCUCCGCCGCGCCGGCGCCGCGGUGGCGGGGGCCUGGGGCGCGCUCUGCGACGGGGCGGCCGAGAUGUGGGCGUUCGCGCGGGCCGACCCCCGGAAGCCCGUCUUCGCGGCCAAGGUCGGCCUCGCGCUCGCCCUCAUCUCCUUCCUCGUCUUCCUCCGCGAGCCGCGCGACAUCGUCAGCCACUCCGUCUGGGCCAUCCUCACCGUCGUCGUCGUCUUCGAGUUCAGCAUCGGUGCAACAUUGAGCAAAGGUUUCAAUAGGGGAUUAGGGACACUUACUGCAGGAGGGCUUGCUCUAGCAGUUGCCGAAUUGUCCAAAAACCUGGGUGCAUUGGAAGAAGUGAUCCUUAUUAUGAGCACCUUUACUGUUGGUUUCAUGACAAACUUGGCAAAGCUACACCCAAAGAUGAAGCCUUAUGAAUAUGGAUUUCGUGUAUUCUUGUUGACAUUCGUUUAUGUCAUGGUCUCUGGGUACAACACAGGGAAGUUCACUGACACGGCUGUAAGUAGAUUUGUAUUGAUUGCUCUUGGUGCUGCUGUCAGCCUGGGAAUCAAUAUAGGUAUUUACCCAAUCUGGGCCGGAGAAGAUUUGCACAGUUUGAUCGCAAAGAAUUUUGCUGGUGUUGCAAAAUCCUUAGAAGGCUGUGUCGAUGGAUAUCUGAAAUGCAUGGAGUAUGAAAGGAUUCCUUCAAAAAUUCUUGUAUAUCAAGCUUCUGAUGAUCCUCUAUAUAGUGGGUACAGGGCAGCUGUCGAGGCAUCAGCACAAGAGGAAACCCUGUUAGGUUUUGCUAUAUGGGAACCACCCCAUGGUCCAUACAGAACGAGGAACUAUCCUUGGAAGGGUUUCACCAAAGUUGGUGGAGCAUUGAGGCAUUGUUCCUUUGCAGUCAUGGCAUUGCAUGGUUGCAUUCUUUCAGAAAUUCAGGCACCACCAGAAAGCAGAAGGGUUUUUAUCUCAGAAAUACAUAGAGUGGGCAGAGAAGGGGCUAAAGUGUUGCGUGAGCUUGGAGACAAUGUUAAGACAAUGACCAAGUUGAGGUCUUCAGAUAUUCUAUUGGAAGUCCACUUGGCAGCUGAGGAGUUGCAAAAAAGGAUUGAUGAGAAGUCAUAUCUUCUGGUGAACACUGAAAGAUGGGACACUAGCAAGCGAGCUGAAGGAAUAAAAGAUGCCAUGAAUGUAAACAGCGCCGUCGCAAAAGAAAAUAAGAAUGAGGUGACGGAACCUACCAUUGCCGAUCAAACUUCGGCUCAACAUUAUAAGAGCUUUGCUGCUGCUUCGUUUCUUAGCCGAUAUGAUUCAUCAGCAACUAUAGACGGCUACAAGACGCUAUUAUCAUGGCCUGCUCGAAGAUCGUUCCAUCCAAACUUACCGCUUGAAGACGAGGAGUCAAAAACAUAUGAAAGUGCAAGUGCCUUGUCCUUGGCAACAUUUGCCUCGCUCCUAAUCGAGUUUGUUGCCCGGCUACAGAACGUUGUUAACGCAUUCGAGGAGCUGAGUGAGAAGGCUAAUUUCAAGGACCCUGUGGAGGAGCCUGUUACAGUUAGAGUGGAUGAUGGCGGGGUUCUCGCUAAAAUAUGCAGAUCUGUUGGGCUGAAGAGUUGACGUCGACGAUGACCCUGCAAGGUCCUUCCACCUGGAAAUCUUGUCACUCACUUUUGUGGUCCAGUUUGUUUAAUAAUUUUGGACGAUGACAUGUGUAUAAUACUAAACCCGUGUGUGUGCAAUGAGAAGAUUACUGGGUGCACCGCUAAUGGAGCUCCUGUUUGCCGUUACUAAAGCUAUCAACUAUGGUAACAUUGUUGAUCCUUGUAUUUCUAAGUUACUGUGUUUAAGCACUCUGUAAAUAUCAUGUUACUCUUGGAUAGUUGGUAGUUGCACGUUCAGCUCGAUGUCAUGUAUAAUUUGUGCAAGAGAGAUGUUUCCUGACCUA